UCCACGUCACAUUCGCCUGUCGAGCAUACAACUCCAGCCGAAGAACACGUCAGGCUAUCGGUGGAUGGUAUAAAUUAUCACAGCUGAAGGAGACCGAAACCUGUAAACGUAAACAUGCCUCUUAGGCUGGACAUCAAACGCAAGCUCACGGCUCGAUCUGACCGUGUCAAAAGCGUAGACCUUCAUCCGACCGAGCCAUGGAUGCUAGCCAGUCUGUACAACGGCAGCGUCUGUGUCUGGAACCAUGAAACACAAACCCUUGUUAAAACAUUUGAAGUCUGUGACCUGCCCGUAAGGGCCUCCAAGUUUGUUGCCAGAAAAAACUGGGUCAUAACUGGUGCAGAUGACAUGCAGAUUCGUGUUUUUAACUAUAACACACUAGAGCGAGUGCACAUGUUUGAAGCCCACUCGGAUUACAUUCGUUGCAUUGCUGUGCACCCCACCCAGCCCUACAUCCUCACAAGCAGCGAUGACAUGUUGAUAAAGCUUUGGGACUGGGAGAAGAAGUGGUCCUGCAGUCAGGUGUUUGAGGGCCAUACACACUACGUCAUGCAGAUUGUCAUCAACCCCAAAGACAACAACCAGUUUGCAAGUGCAUCGCUGGACAGAACCAUCAAGGUUUGGCAGCUGGGCUCCUCCUCUCCUAACUUCACUCUGGAAGGUCAUGAUAAGGGAGUGAACUGCAUUGAUUAUUACAGCGGAGGAGAUAAACCCUACCUCAUAUCUGGAGCUGAUGAUAGACUGGUCAAGAUUUGGGACUAUCAGAAUAAGACAUGCGUGCAAACUCUCGAGGGUCAUGCUCAGAACGUUUCCUGCGUGAACUUCCACCCAGAGCUGCCAAUCAUUAUCACUGGAUCAGAGGAUGGAACUGUUCGUAUCUGGCACUCCAGCACUUACCGUUUAGAAAGCACUCUGAACUAUGGUAUGGAGCGGGUGUGGUGUGUUUCUGGUCUGCGUGGCUCCAACAGUGUGGCUUUGGGCUACGACGAAGGCAGCAUCAUUAUCAAGCUCGGCCGUGAGGAACCUGCCAUGUCGAUGGACACCAGUGGAAAGAUUAUUUGGGCCAAGCAUUCAGAGAUUCAGCAGGCUAAUCUCAAAGCCAUGGGAGAUGCCGAGAUCAAGGAUGGAGAGAGACUGCCGCUGGCUGUGAAGGACAUGGGCAGCUGUGAGAUCUAUCCUCAGACUAUCCAGCACAAUCCGAACGGCAGGUUUGUGGUGGUGUGUGGAGAUGGAGAAUAUAUUAUCUACACAGCCAUGGCUCUGAGGAACAAGAGCUUUGGAUCUGCUCAGGAAUUUGUUUGGGCCCAUGAUUCAUCCGAGUAUGCGAUUCGGGAAAGCAGCAGUGUGGUAAAGAUCUUCAAAAACUUUAAAGAGAAAAAAUCUUUUAAGCCAGACUUUGGAGCAGAAGGUAUCUAUGGGGGUUUCUUGCUGGGUGUUCGUUCAGUGAAUGGCUUGGCUUUCUAUGACUGGGACACCACAGAGCUGAUUCGUCGUAUCGAGAUUCAGCCCAAGCACAUUUUCUGGUCAGACUCUGGAGAGCUGGCGUGUAUUGCCACAGAGGAAUCCUUCUUCAUCCUGCGCUAUCUGUCAGAGAAAGUGGCUGCAUCUCAGGAGUCAAACGAGGGAGUUACUGAAGACGGUAUCGAAGACGCUUUUGAGGUCCUAGGAGAGAUUCAGGAGGUGGUGAAGACCGGCCUGUGGGUGGGAGACUGUUUCAUCUACACCAGCUCAGUCAACCGACUUAACUACUUUGUUGGAGGAGAGAUUGUCACCAUUGCUCAUCUGGACAGAACCAUGUACCUGCUGGGAUACAUUCCUAAGGAUGACCGUCUGUAUCUGGGUGAUAAGGAGCUGAACAUUGUCAGUUACUCUCUGCUGGUGUCUGUUCUGGAGUACCAGACAGCCGUCAUGCGCAGAGACUUUGGUAUGGCCGACAAGGUGCUUCCAACCAUCCCUAAAGAACAGAGGACCAGGGUUGCCCACUUCUUGGAAAAACAGGGUUUCAAGCAGCAGGCUCUGGCUGUGUCCACCGAUCCAGAGCACAGGUUCGAGUUGUCGCUACAGUUGGGAGAACUGAAGAUCGCCUACCAGCUAGCAGUAGAAGCUGAGUCGGAACAGAAGUGGAAGCAGUUGGCAGAGUUGGCCAUCAGUAAGUGCCAGUUUGGUUUGGCACAGGAGUGCCUCCAUCACGCCCAGGACUAUGGAGGACUGCUGCUGCUGGCCACUGCAUCUGGCAACGCUUAUAUGGUUGCCAAGCUUGCAGAGGGUGCUGAGCGUGACGGCAAAAAUAAUGUCGCCUUUAUGACCUACUUCCUGCAGGGAAAACUGGACAACUGUUUGGAGCUUCUGAUCAAGACCAAUCGUUUACCAGAAGCAGCCUUUCUGGCCCGCACAUAUUUGCCCAGCCAAGUGUCCAGGGUUGUGAAGCUGUGGAGAGAGAGCUUGUCUAAGGUCAAUCAGAAAGCGGCUGAGUCUCUAGCAGAACCUACCGAAUAUGAAAAUCUGUUCCCCGGCCUGAGAGAGGCCUUUAUUGCAGAGCAGUACCUUAGAGAGACCAGCCUUGGGGAAACCAGACCUGCCUCUGAUUACCCACUGGUCACACCCAAUGAAGAGAGGAACGUGCUGGAGGAAGCCAGUGGGUAUGAACCCAAAGGUGUAUUCCCCACUCCCACACAGGUGAAGGAUGCAGAUGAAGCCUCAGAGGAUGAGGGUGUUUUAGCCCCCGUGGUGGCAGCUGUCUCCGCUUCAGUGAGCCCGACAGAAGCCAAGCUCUCUCAGACGGUUGAAAAGGAGGAGGAAAAACCUACAGGGGCUGCGACAGCGGAUCAGAAGGUUAUUGAUGAACUGGAGGAUGAUUUGGAUAACAUGGAGCUUGAUGAUAUCGAUACCACAGACGUUAAUCUUGACGAUGACUUCUCAGAUGACUAACCCCAAAACACAGAAGCAUUGAGUUUAUUUAAGCGACCAAACUGAUUUUUUGUAUGUAUGUUAGUCCCACUGAGGUGAAGGCCGAGUCUAAAACAGGAUGGACUGGACGGAACAUGAAUACGUCUUUUACGACGUAACACGAAUGGCAAGAGGAGAAAUGUGCUGUUGAUUUUGAACUUUUCUACUUCAUUCUGGACCUUCAAUUUACGUUUUACCCGUACAUAAAGGUAUGCAUUGAUUAUUUUGUGUUUUACCAUGGUAAAUCAUGGUGUCAUUAUUCAUAAUAAAGAUAAUUAUGCUUA